CUCGCAAUCCUUCCGCUCCUGGUUGCCACUCAGGCACCUGCGCCGUUUGGUAUAAUCGCCACUUCACCCGGCAUGGAGUUCAUCCAUCUCCAUCCCAUCACAGCUGCGAACGGUUCGCUCUGGAUUGGCGCGCCAACGUCUUCGCUCUGCCCUUCGCCCAUUCCUCCCGAGGAUUGCGCGCCUGGAACGAGCACCGCCUUCGUUGGAGGUCAACCGGCUCUGGGCCUUGACGUAGAGGUUCCCGGAGGACAGGCAGUCUUCGUGCAGUCCAAUGGUCAGCUCGGCUUCACCCAGGCGCACGUCCCGGUGAUUCCGGACGGCGCGACGCUCACCGGUUUUAGCUGGGAGGCGAUCGAAUCCGACGAAGGCCUCGGACAGCUCUCCACAUCCUCGUUCAAUGCUACGACGUUCUCCGCCUGUCCGAGGGGUGACCCUUACCCUUACCUGGUCUUCGCUCGUGUUCCUCUCCUGAACUUCGAGUCGUGCACGAACUUCGAUGCCGUCACGGUCCCCGUUCCAGGCGGUGGCGCAACCGCGUUUGAAUACAUCUGAUCUCAUUGCUUGAUGAUUGGACAGGCGGUCCGUUGAAUCUAUACACUGUAUUUGGGGAUGCGCUGAGGAGGGGGAGUGAACAAUGUACCGUAUCUCUGGUGACAAUGCCCGAUACCAGUACCUGCUGUACGGGCGAAAGACUUCCUGUAUGACGUAAUAGAUACGAUGCUCUUCUACUUCGUAGCAUUGACUAUUUACCAGUUCUGU